UUCGUCGUCCUUUCUUUCUUCUUCCUCUCGUCUCUCUGCGUUCAGCGAGCGAACGAAUUCCCCUGAGCUACCUCCGUAAACCCUCGCUUCAGCUCUCGGUGGCGGCACGUAGAUGCUCCCCUCACUCGCUCAUGGCGAACAAUCCGAACGAAGCUCCCGCCGAUGAGUUCCUGGAGCACCUCCUCGGCCUCCCGAACUUCGCCGCCGCGGCGGAGGCCGGCCUGGCUCCGGGCGACGGAAGCGGCCUCUCCGUGACCGCCGCCCCCCCGAUGAUGCUCCAUCUCGGCUCCGGCGACGGCUCCGGCCACAUGUCCGCCCUCGGCGGCGGAGGGGGAGCGGCCGCCGGCGGAGGAUACCACGGGACAGUGUUCCCGCUGGGGCUGAGCUUGGAGCAGGGGAAGGGAGGGUUCCUGAAGCCGGAGGACGCGUCCGGGAGUGGCAAGCGGUUCCAUGAGGAGGUCGUCGAUGGCAGAGCUUCGACUGUUAAAAACGUAUUCCAUGGACAACCAAUGCCCAACCCUGUUCCUGCAGCACCACAUCCACCAGCGAUGCGCCCGAGAGUAAGGGCUAGACGAGGACAAGCUACAGAUCCCCACAGCAUUGCUGAACGAUUGCGGAGAGAGAGAAUAGCAGAAAGGAUUAGACAAUUGCAAGAUCUGGUUCCAAGUGUUAACAAGACAGACAGAGCUGCCAUGCUUGAUGAAAUCGUGGACUAUGUGAAGUUCCUGAGGCUCCAAGUUAAGGUUUUGAGCAUGAGUAGAUUGGGGGGAGCUGGUGCAGUGGCACCACUUGUGACCGACAUCCCACUAUCGUCAGUCGAGGAAGAAGGAGGUGAAGGCGGAAGAAAUCAACCGGCCUGGGAAAAGUGGUCGAACGAUGGCACGGAGCGGCAGGUCGCUAAGCUCAUGGAGGAGAACGUCGGGACCGCGAUGCAGUUCCUUCAGUCCAAGGCCCUCUGCAUCAUGCCAAUCUCUCUAGCCACCGCGAUCUACCAGACGCAACCCCCCGACACCUCCUCCCUCGUCAAGUCUGAAAGCAAUCCUCCGUCCUAGACCGCCACAACAUGGGCAACGCCCCUUUUUCUCGGUCCCACCUACGACUCAACUAAAUGCUCCUUGGUCCCCGAUUUAGUUUGUUGCAGUGUGUUUCUGACACCUUCGAAAACCCAGUUGAUGGUCCCUCCUCAAAUUGCAAUCAAAGUCGGAUGCCAUAGCCGUUAGCUUUUUCCACCCUUCUCUUUAAUCUUUUUGCCCGGACAGGGUUCAAUGUCAAUGCCUAAUAAAAUACUAGGUGGCCCUUCAUGUCUUGCCAAGUUCAACUAAAGGAGAUAUAUUCAAACCCUCACUUGAUAUGCUCUCACUCUCUCUACCAAUUCGUGGGUUUUAGUGGAGAAUGAUGUGAGCAACUUUAAAGUGGGUGGGGGCUCUUGUUUUUCUUAGUAGUGGGUCGUGGGGCCUUGUAAAAGGGAUUGGUUGUGUAAAGUACCAUUUGUAUAAUGUAAUGCUUAAUGAGUUUGUAGAAAGGGAAUGGAUUGCUUGGGUAGAA